AUGGCAAGUGGCAAUGGUGGUUUACCCAACAAUCUUCCAAUUCUUGAUGGAAAGAAUUGGGAACGAUGGAACAAGCAAAUGAAAUAUUUGUUUAGAUUUCAAGAUACACUAGAUGUGGUGAUUAAUGGUGUUGCAGCAUUACCUACAAAUGCAAAUGCAGAGGCAAAAAACAAUCACAAAGAUUUGAAGAAGAAAAAUUGCAAGACAAUGUAUGCAAUUCAGGCUGCACUGAAUUCAGCAAAUUUUGAUAAGAUCUCUCAUGCUGAAACAUCUAAAGAAGCAUGGGAUAUCUUGGUGAAGUAUUAUGAUGGUGGAGAAAAAGUGAAAGCUGUGAAACUACAAUCAUUGAGGAGGCAGUAUGAAUUACUGCAAAUGGACAACAAUGAAUCGAUUGGAUCUUAUGCAUCAAAGGUUCAAGCACUGGUUCACACCAUGAAGAGUUGUGGUGAAGAAAUAUCUGAGAAGAUGAUUGUUGAAAAGGUAAUGAGAACCUUAACCCCUAAUUUUGAUCAUGUUAUUGUUGCUAUCCAAGAAGCUGGUACAGUAGCAGACAUGAAAUUAGAAGAUUUGGUUGGUUCUUUAGAAGCACAUGAAUUGAUGAUUAAUGAGAGAAAGGGUGUACAAGAAUAUGUGCAAGCGUUGAAAGCUCAAACAUUCAAGAAGAAUGGUGGCUACAAAGGAAAGAAUAAGUCCAAGAAUGCUUCACAAAACCAGCAGAAAUUUGAUGAAAAAUCUGAAUCCUUCAAGAAAGGAGGAGGAACAUCAAAUUCGAAUCCAAAGAAAAAGGAUAAAAGUCACAUUCAAUGUUACAAUUGCCAGAAGUGGGGUCAUUAUGCAUCUGAAUGCAGAUCAAAGAAGGCAAAAGACAGUGAUGAUGAAGCAAACUUGGUGGAAGAAAACUCAUAUGAAGGUAAAGGUGCUGUAACCUUCAUGGCUGCUAUGUCAGAAGAUAAAAUUGCUAGUGGAGCAUGGUUCUUAGACACAGGGUGUUCCAAUCAUAUGACUGGUCAUAAAGACUGGCUGAUCAAAUUUGAUGACACAAAGAAAAGCAAAGUGAAACUAGCAUAUGGUAGGUCCAUACAAGCAGAAGGCACUGGGAACAUGCUAAUCAAGAGAAAGAAUGGUAGUUCUGCCAUAGUUGAAAAUAUCUUGUUUGUACCAGGUAUGGAUUGUAACUUGCUUAGUGUUGGUCAAUUAAUAGAGAAAGGCUUCUCAGUUAGUAUAAAGAAUGAAAACUUUGAACUCUAUGAUCCUGCAAACAUGUUAGUAUUGAGGUCACCUUUGGCUAAGAAUAGAACUUUCAAAACUGUGAUCAACAAUGCUACAGUAGAAUGCAUGAAAGUUGUGUCAGAAGAUAAACAAAAUUGGUUGUGGCACUUGUGA